CAUACCCCUUUCCUCGUGAACAGUGGUGACAGUACGGUUGGGGCGGCUGGCAGGGGGUGACCACCGCCUCUGAUUUUUUUUUAAGUUGUAGGAAAAAAAAUAAAGGGGAGAUAAAAGGAAGGGUGGAAAAAAGGGAAAAGGAGAGCGAAGAAAGAAAAGCGUGACUAAAAGAAAGGUCGUGUACGGUGUAACUCGAUAUACUCAUUUAACUCAAUUUAGAAAUCAAAAUACAUCGUUCUGUCCCCUAUUAAAUCACACUGGUUCCGCCACUGCUCAUGAAAAACAACAUACGUCAAAGCGACAAACAACAUAAUUUACCUUGUGAUAUUUGUGAAAAAAUAAUCCAUAUGGUUGUCAGAUAUCUACAUCCGUAUGGUAAUAUUUAUUUACUUGAGGGAAAAUUGAAAUAAAUCGACACACAUUUAUUCAUGGCAGCACAUUGAAUUACGCCGUAAUCUAAAUUCAGACACCAUCCUCAGCAAUAUACGAAUUAGUCAAUAUUACUUUUAAAAACCUUACGGUUCUUUUCAAUAUGCAUUUUAUUUAAUUACACCCAAUGCCAUUAUGAAGAAAAAACAAUCCGCGCAAUAUAUGCAACGAAUACCGAAGAAUAAUCCGUGUAUGUUUGCAUGUGGUUUUUUUUUUUAAUUUCUCAUGGAACAUUGAAUAUAUCCAUGAAUAAACCCUGCAAGAAAGGAUGAUGUUAUCAUGGAAUGCAUGUGAGAAUCACAACCACCGUUGCAGGCGUUGAAUCCGUUUUCACAUUGAUGAGCUCCAUUAUGUUAAUGAGAUGGAGAGAAAUCGAUGAUGAGAGUUAGAUUUUUGUCGGCCAAUCAGGAGCGACCAUCAAGGCAGAUGGCGGUCAUGGAAAAGCUUUAAUCUGCAAGUCUGCAACCGAGGCGUAGUAAUAAGGUAUCUUCUCAUAGAUGAUAGUGCUUCAAGCGUGUGGCUAUUAUACAGUAAUAAACAAAUAUGAUUAUUUAUCAUAAUUGGUUGUCAUAAAUACAACACUUGAUUUAGAGUGAAGUGACGAUGGGAUAUAAGGUGAAUGGCUGAAGGAGCGGUAGCAUGCAUGCUUUGAAGGAAUAUCGCGCAAUACUCGAGCAUGAAGACUAUCAGGAUCUAUGUGCAAACAGUGACGAUGACUUGUUCAAGCAUCUGGAUGGGAAGUCGAUUCCAGGGUUGGUGGGAGUCGGUAAACGAGCUCGACUAUGGCCGUUCUUUCUCGAGAGCAUCACCGAGGAGGUAGAGCCAUUGACGACUAGCAGGGAGGCAUCACCUCUCAUUUCAACGCGGCCUCGACUGCAACCUGUAAAUCAUCCUUCGCUCCCUCCUCUCCAUCAGCCGACAUCUGAUGUCGAUGACCUAGUUGUCGAUGAUGAUAGCAUCUCUGUAGCGACGAAGCCGCGUCGAAGCCACAUCAUCACCAACGCCCGGUAUUUCGCAAUUUUAGGAAGAAACGGAAGGUACUCCAUCGUGAUCAAGGAACCACCUGGUGUCGCCCAAAUCCUGCCAGUGACUAAUAACUCGUACAUUUAUUGUGAUAACAACAAUAUAGAAACGCCUGCGAUCGCGUCUGAGAAUCCGUCAUGCCUGCCUGCCCCCUUGACAAUAGGCGAGCCCAAUGUGACGGCCGUCAAUAACAAUAACCCCGUACAGUCGUUGAGUCGUACGGGGCAAAGUACACAUCAGGCGAAUUCGCUUCAUACAAACUGUGUCAAUAGAGAUGCAAUACCGAACGUUAUAACAUUUGAGAAUAUUAACGGCCAUGUUUCGUAUGAUUCGACAGAGGAGCUAGAAGUGAUAACGCCUGACUCGGAUCCAUAUGGAUAUAUUGGAGAUUUUUCUUGUGAUCAGAAGGAGGAGAAUAUUUUAAGUGAAGCAGAACAUGAAAUAGCCUGUGAGGAAAAUUUUGGAAAUAGCAGUGAUAAUACUACCGGCGGAAUGUCGACGUUCUUCGGGCCAAAGCCCCAGAAACGGGUGGUGAUUGUUCGCUCAGCUGAGGCACAGAAAAAACAUGAUCAAGCAGAUGCAAGAAGAAGGGAAGGUAAGGACACGAAGAGAAGAAAAAAGGCGGUUAAAAUUGCCGUGGUAGAAGAUGAUCCUAACGCCCCUGUGCCUAAAAGUAUUCUGAAAAACAUAAAAUCUGACAAAAGUAAACAAUCUGCGUCAAAACAAGAAUCUUUGGAGAGGAUUGAUAAAUUAUUUUAUAAUCAAAACAACAGAUAUCCCCUCGAAGAGAAUGCUAAUUUUAUGCGUGACCAUGGAAACGCUGGUAUGCAACCGAUUUAUGCUAAUGUGAGUAGAGGAGGAACGCUUCGGAGGAAUUAUAAUAAUGGAAACACGACUGAGGUAGAAGCCAGGUAUCCGUCACCUAUCCAAUAUUCUGAAAUACAACAUGGGGUUAAACACCAAUAUAGAGAUAGAAAUGGAAUUGAGGAAGAGAUGCAUUAUAAACACCCAAGGAAAUAUGUCAGGCAUGCUGAUGUGCAUCAUCCAGGGGGUCAACCAAAUGGGGGCGGGUUGCAUCCCGGUCAUCAACAAAGGAUGCAUCAUGGCCCCUCCCCUGCUGGAUCUCAACAAAGCUUGGCAUCCACAGUGUCAAUACAAGCACCUUCAGUGCAAGGUUUAACACCAGAGGAACAGCAGUUGAUUUACAACCUCCGCCAAGAAAGAGGUGUCCAGCAACAAGGGGAACGGGGGCAAGGUGGACCCCCUCUUUUAUAUCCCCCUGGAAUGAAUGCUGCUGCAAGUGGACAGUCGAUUUUAUCUACGUCAACGCUUCAUAGUCAAAAUGAAGUACCUCGUGUCCCUCAUCGCCCCAUUCUUAACCAGAUGCGAAAUCCUAAGGAAAAUCCCAAAGGAACUCCUCCAUCUACCCUUCCUAGAGGAAGAACCCUGCCUAGAGAAGGAACUCUCCCUAGAGAAGGAACAAUUCCUCGAGGAGGAACAAUUCCUCGCGAAGGAACAAUUCCUCGGGAAAUGAGACAGAAUACCUUAGCUGCUCCUCAGCAACACCAGAGGGACAAUACACGAGGGCAGCGAGAUAAACACAUACAAGGUCCCCCACAACAUCCACAACAAGCAACAGGAAGAGGAGUUCCCCCAGGACACCAUCAGCAGCGGCAACACCCUGGGAGUCCACAGCGUCAACAUCCUCAACAACAUGCGAGAUUAAUGACUGGAGACACCAUUCCUCCUCCUUUACCUGAACGCGACCAUAGAGGGAGGAGAACGAGGGUUCACACCCAUCCAGAGAAAAGUCACAUGCCGCCACAGUUUGAGUCACACUAUGCUGUAGGAAAUGUGAAAGAGCAUCAACCAAACAGGCAACAACCUCAUGUUGCUCCUUAUCAACCGCAUCAACAGAGGCAGCAACAAAUCCAACAUCACCAAAACCAGCAACACCAACUGCCCCGUCACCCCAACCAGCAGCAUCCUCCAUAUCAUCCAAGCCUGGAACAACAACAGCCACCACUCAGUCAACAAAAGCAGCUGCAACAUAAUCAACAGCACAAGGAAGCUAAGCAACGUAUGUUACCCCGUAAAAAUCAACAAGAAAAGAUGAUCCAGUUACAACGUCAAGUGCAGCAAGAAGUUGCUCCUACACCCGGUCCUCAGAAUCAGGAGUCUAAAACAAAUAGUUUGCCGAAUAUGGCAUCUGGGAGGCAAACUCCACCAAAUUAUCAGUCUCAACAAAUGGUGGAAGAGAUACAACCAACACAAAAAGAACUUUUCCAAAAGUUGCUACAACCGCCGAUUCCAGCUAAACGUACCUCUCUUGGUGUAGACAACCAAUCAGACGCGGAUGUUUCAGUCUCCUCUAAAAGCAGUGACAGUGGUCACAUUCCGCCUCCCAUGAAAUUGAAGGAAACAUGUUUCUAUUGGGAACCGACUGAUGAACUUCUACGUGAACGUGACAAGAAAUUUAUCAGGCAAGAAUCAGCAAAAAUAGCUACUGAAGCUAAAGAAAAGAAGCUAAAAGGACGGAGAGCUCAGAGGCUAGCAAAUGAUGGGAAAAUUCAAUUACAAGGAGCAGAAAACAUACAACCCCAGCCUAAGCCACAGCCUCGAAAAGAUUUGAAGGAAACCCCUCUGGGACGAAGACCUCAGACUGAAUCGGCAAGGCCGGAGCCUGAAGCCAUCAGGCCAGAGCCCGAACCUGCAAGGCAAGACCCAGGAGUAGCACGGCAAGAAGAUCAACAUCCAAGAGUCGAAAUGAUAAGGCCUGAAGUAGACACCUUUCAAAUCAUUCCAGAUCCAAAUGUGAGAAGGCGCUUACAGACUCAGCUAACAGAAGGCUAUCAAGAUCCACAACUACAACAACAAGUGCAGCUAACACAAGAAAGCCAGCAGCAUCAAACUCCAGAAGUACCGCAAGAGCAGCAACGUGAAGUUCAAAAUCGAACCGUUCUGGAAGAGAGUCAUAGGCCCCCGCCACAGCAUGCAUACUUCUCCCUGACUGGGAGGGUUAGUGUUAGUAGCUUGGCUGAACCAUCACCUAUACCAAAUGAAGAUGAUGAUAGCUUUUUCCGUGAUUCUGAUGAUGACAAUAGCAUGUUAUCCAUCAUUGCUUUGGACAAAGAACCUCGAGUAAGAACAGGGAGAGGAAGUCAUAAUGAAAGCACAUCCGAUAUUGUGAUACAUGUAGAUCAGCAAGUCAAAGUGCCGGUUACCAAGAGAGCAUAUGUAACCGGCAAGGAGACUGUUUUCGGUGCGGAACCGGACACUGAACCGAAUGAAACCGAAUCUGAAUUCCAAUCAAGUGAUCCAGAAUUAGACAGUGACCCGACACAAAACCAAACAAAUAGGAGGUCACAAGUGCGAACUCCUUCCUCAGAAGAAGAAGAAGCGGACCCCUUGCCCCUCGCUGAGCCAUCCUUUAAAGUUAUCAAAUACCCGCCUGCCUUGUCACCAGCAGUGUCUUACACGAUGUCAGAUUUGAGCCUUUCGGGAAGAGAACCAAGAGUUAGCGCCGACGCAUUCACCAAACACGCAAAACUUGGCAGAGUAUUUUAUCACUCCAAUACCUGCCGAACCAUCGCGCAGUCAAAAUCUGAAUCUAACCUUUCACGCAAAAUAUCACAACCUACUUCAAGCUUUCAACCUUCCCCGAGGGACGAACUUUCUCCUCCUCCAUUGUCUUCAUCAACAGCUCAGACCAGUCACACCAAAUCCGAAUCAAAUUUGGCUGUCCAAAUUACCUAUGAAGACUUCCCAGCCAAGGUGAUGUCAACUGCGGUUCAAACUCGACCGAAUCACGACUUCAGCUCACAGGUUGAUCUUGAUCAAAUCUUAUAUGAAACGUCAUUAGGACCUAAACCAAACUCUAUUUCAAUUCAGACAUCAAAUGAAGAAUUGCAUGACCGACAACCCACCGAUGCUAUUAUUGGUCCUCCCCCUACCCAGGCCAUGAAAACCGAAAUCCAGACUGUGGACAGCGAAAUUCAAACCCUCCAAUCCGAAGUGGAACCUGUAAAAGCAAAAACUGAAACCACGGAAAUGGAAAUACAAACCGAAGAUCUAAUCAGCGAUAUUGAGAAUAAACCGACUCCCGAGCCUCGUAACGUUGUCACUGAAUCUGCGGAGUGCCAGACUUCUGAUAUACCUCUUGAUGAUCAAACGAUAGGGUUUGGAGGGAUCACAGCUAAAUUUGUUGACAUGGGAUUGGCUCGCCCAAGAGUUCAUUUUGAUGCUGAACCUGCAGGACCGGACAAUCCUUUCCAGGAUUACAGUUCACCAACUUAUGAAAUGAAAGAGGAGGAAGUGUACCACCAGUCCCCUACUGAAUUACAUGGGUAUAAUUCACACGACCAGGACAUGCAAUCACAGACACAAACCCAAUAUGCAAGUGAAUCUGCAUCAUAUUCUGACGAGGAAGAACCUGCUAAGGCACCAGUGGAUAACAAUACGUUUCCUCUACCUCCUGAAGUGAUGCUGAUGCAAGCUAUGCCUGAACCUCUGGAUGUUGGCUUUUACCGAGAAGAUGAUGAACUUCCGGUUUAUCCGACACUCGAAACGAUUCCGGAGGAAUCUGAAGCAGGCUACUCCAGGGAACAUAGUCUUAUUACUGGAACAUUGUCGUAUACAAGUGACGGGGAGGACUACCAGAGGGGUCUUACAGACCAACAUGAGGACAGCGAUGAUGACGAUGAUGAUAGUUCCGAAAGUGAUGAUGAAGAUGUUGAAACAGAAAGAACGUUAGAAAAUGAGGAUGAUAAUGAAACGAUACAUGUGAUGCCUUCAUAUUCUUCAAUCCACCCCUAUAGAGGAGAUGCAGUGCGUGUUUAUGUACCCAGUAAUUCAUCAUCAUUUGAAGAUGUGAGCAGUGACGUAACACUAGAACCUGAGGAUGGGAGUAAAGUUGGUGCCAGCCCUGCUGUGCAAGUUGUUGAGAUGCCUUACAUUGGCACACCCAUCCAUGAAGCCCAACUCAAGGAUAUGACCUUCCCAUCUCAACGUGAAACACCACCAUCAUCGAUUGACGACAGGCAGUUUUAUAGCAAUACUGUAACACCCACGUCAUCGUCCAGGACGAUGUCGACUGGUGCACAGUGGCCCGGUGGGGAUGGCUUCACAGGAAAUGUCCAAGUGAAGAAGGAAACCCUCAUUGAUGACAGGUAUGACCCUGAUCAAGAAGUUGAACCUGCUGAUAGAACUUUUACGAUAGAAGACGAUAAACAUGACCAGUCAACUAUAUGGAACAGAGGGUCAGAUAAGGAUAACACCAAUAUGGUCGAAAUAGUUGAUCUUGAGCAGGAACCAAGGACUUGGGGACAAAGUCGAAGCGAUCAUGAACGAUCUGAAUUUUCAAGUGAUGACGUCAGGAGUAGCGACGAAACCGUCAUAUCCAACAAGCAUUCAAACGAAAUGGACAUCCCACUUCACUUUGAGAAAGAAUAUUUACUUGAGCUGCCAUCAACGAGGAAUUAUGUUCCUAAUCCUAGUCGAAUUGAAAUGCAUGGAAAGAAUUCUGUACCUCGUCUACAGCCCGAAAUUGUUGACACCAAGGAAUUUUACGCAAAUAAUCGAAGUGAAGAUGAACGGACGAAGAAGGAAGAUCCUUUUUAUGAGCUUACAAAGGACAAUUACAUUGAAAGAGAAGAAAACGAGGUUGAAAGUGAAGAAGAUAAUACUGCUACGGUGGAUGAAAAUGCUCCCGUCGUUACAAGAACUGCUGGAGGGGCUUUCGUAAUCGGACUAUGGGGGCGUCAAGCAAAUCCCGCCCCUGUAGUAUACCAACAUGAUGAUCAUGACCCCCUGCCGGAGCCUGAUUUGAAUAUUGAACCGGAAUCCGGUUUUGAAUCGGAACAAGUUUCAGAACCGGUAUCUUCAGUGGACAACGAACCGGUUAAAGUCAUUGAUUGCCAACCCGUUAGUGACUCACAAAGGAAAAUCGAAGACGAAAAUCUCCACCAACAAUCAACUGCUCAGCAUGAGUAUAUGCACUGGAAUCAAGUUCAACCCUAUAAUCAAGACCAGUCGCAGAAUAUUCAAAGAGGGGAGAAAGCAUAUUACCAAGAUGAGCCUCAACAGUUUGAGCAACAAGGGACUUUAUAUCAAGGUCGGUUACAGACAAAUCCACAGCAAGGGCAUUUGCAAACUAUUCCACAACACGGAACAUCUUAUUAUCAAGACAACCCUCAGCAAUAUGAGCACCAGGCGAUGUCACACAGGGGCCAUAUUCGAAGUAUUCCUCAACAUGACGCAGUUUCUUAUCCUGAGAAGAGCCAAUAUUUUGAGCAUCAACCAGCUUCAUUCGGAUCCCAGAAUAACGAUAUAUCUCAGCACCAUGAGACACUAUAUCAAAACAACACCCAACAGUUUGAGCAUCAGCCAUCGAUAAAUUAUCAAGACCCAUCGCAAAAUAUUGGGCACCAGAUGACUUCAAAUCUUGAAGAGCAAACUCAGCAUUUUGAGGAUCGUGAGACUCCAUAUCAAGAAAAAACCCAGACCUUUGAGGAACGGGAAAUGCCAUACAACCAAGAUCAAUUAAAAGAUUUUGAUCAAGAUGUACCACCGUAUAGCCAGGACCAUAUCUCAGAUCCAGAGCAAAGGACAGAAGGGCAUCACCAAUUUUAUUCCCAAAACUUUGAGCAACAAACGAUGCCAUAUCAGCAGGAUUACACCCGAAAUUUUGAGCAGCAAACCACACCAAACUCUCAGAUCCAGUCCAGAGGCUUUUUGCCACAAGCAAUGCUUUCUCAUCAAAACCAACCACAUAAUUUGGUCACUGACAGAGAAGAACCAACAUACACAUUUGACAAUGAGCCGCCCUUUGAUUGGACGAAACGAGAGUACAAAUCGACACCGUCCCAAAGCCCAGAAGUGAAUCAGGAAGUCGAAGAAGUGGUUGCAGAGCAUAUUGAACCAGUGAAGAAAAAUAUCAGCUUGUUUCAGAGUCUUGAGGAUAGGCCAAUUAUUGAUACGAGUAUGCCAAUACAAACACCGGAACCUAAUCUAGAAGCAAACCUGGACUUUGAACACAGUAUACAUCCAGAUAUUGAUGACAUAGAACAACAUUUCACUUCGUCUGAGAGUGACGAUUCUUCCACUAGUAGUGAGGUGGAUAGUGACGAGGAUGAGGAGGAAGAGGAUAAAGAAGGGGAAAUAACGAAUGAGGACGAUGAUGACGAAGAUGUUAACGACGAAGAUGAAGAUGAAAAAGUUAUUUCGCCAUUGAAGAGAGAGCAGAGCUUUGUCAAGAAAGCUAGGAUUGUCCAAAGUGAUGACGAACUAUUGGACGAUGACGGAGAAAACAUUGUACAGCCUGCAGCGACGUCACCAUCAUCAUCGUCCUCGGGACACGACAUAUCUCCCGAUCCUAUAGACUUCAUGAACUCGUACCAGCAGUUUGUGAGAGAUAGGAAAAAGAGUGAGGAAUUAUCACCAACUAAACCCAAAUUCUCGAAAUUUUCAAGUGAUGGCGGCCCCCCGCCUGUGCCACCAAAACCAAACAAAUCCAGUUAUUCAUCAAAGGUUUCAUUACGUGUUUCGAAUAGCCAGGUUAUGCCUUUGACACCCUCUGACACUAAAACACCCAGCUCUACUAGCUCAACGUCUACUACGCAUGCGCCGUCUCCAAUCGAUGUGGUUCCUAAAUUAAUCGUCAGUGAACCUUGCUCUAAAGAUAAUGAAGAUGUCAAACAAGGGCAGAAUCAACAACUAAGAGAUAAUCCAUUGUCUGGUGAGGAGGCUAGUGUGAAAGCUCCAGUUGAUUUGGGUGCUCGAGGUCGCCGAUGGUCAGCAGGGGAUAGCGAUGACGUGUUCAUCGAAGCCUCGCUGGAAGAUUGGAGGUCAGAAAGAUCACUUGUCGUCGUCGAGACUGAGCGGACCGAGGAAAUUAUAAGCGAGCAAACUAUUCGACCGAAACAAAGAAGUGAUCAGUUUGCAAAACAACCUGACAAAAAGAACUUAACUCCCGAGGUAUUCAAUGAGGAGAAAAAUAAACAAGAGUCAGUUUGCUCAGCAGAACAAGCGAUUUCAGUGAAAAGAGACUCCCGUUUAGCUCCUAUUCCUAAUUUGCGGCUUUCUGUAAGUGCUAAAGACAAUCUCGAUGUAAUUGCUGAUAUUAUAGCUGGCAGAUCUGGUGAUAGUUCACAUAAACAAGCAACUUCUCAAGGGGAGCCGGGUGACGAGGUUACAGCCGGUAAUACCAAGGAUCAUAAAGUUGCACAAUCUUUAGAGGAGGUUACAAAUAGAAGCCCUGAUUUUAGACAUUCAACAUCAGCUCAUGAUUCUGAUACGGACAGUAUAACAACAGAACUCACUGUACCAUUUGACAUAACAAGACGAAAGGGAAAACGCUCUCUCACUCCAGGACCAGAUAUCGAAUAUGAUGAGGAGGUUGGGAAAUCUCAGUCUGAUUGGCGAGAAAGCUCUGGCGGUGUGAUAGCCCAGCAACUCGCUCGUAUGAGGGAAACUUUGAAAUCCAUGGAACUGCCUAAAUGGUACAGGAAAUCAUCGCAUUUUAAGCAAAUUAUGAGCGGAGAUAUUCGAAGUCUACCAGCUUAUCGAAAUCACAAGCCCCGUCAGAUUAUGAGUGGACCCCCUACGCCAACGGGUCAUCGUUUUUAUUCUAAAGCAACGGUCUCGACAAGGAUGUCGUUUACGCGAGAGGCCCGACUUCGAACCGGUUUCUCACCUGCCCCCAGUGUCUCCCCAACAGCCCCAGUACACUCAUCCUGGUCAUUUUCUGAAUUGUCUUUGGAAACCACGGAGCCGACGCCGGGAUUCCAGCCGAUUUCGGCAGCUUUUAGUGAGCCACUUCGACACGACCUAUCUUUCAGCAUUGGUGACGAAAUUCACAAAGAUGUUCGGACAAGUGAGUUUGCACUGCCAAUGAACCCAGAUAUGUAUAGACGAGCUUCGCCCGAUGAGACUAUUCGUUCUGCAGAGGACCCAGUGGAAGAGUCUCAGAAGGAAAUUAAGGACGAGAACAUUCUUUCUGUACCUACUGAUAGAGAAGAAACCAAAAGAGAAAGGAGUAGAUCGGUUGGAGAUGAGGAGGAUCCGCAUGAAUAUGCUGUUAAAAGGAAUGAGCGAAUCGGGGGAUCCGCAGUGUUCUACAUAUCCGCAGUUAACACUCAACAAGAGGAAUGUGUUUCUCCACCUCUGCCAUCUCCUCCUCUACCACCCCCACCACCACAAGAAUACUACAGUUCAGCAGCCCCAACCUCACCUCUGCCACCCCCACCCCCACCUGAAGGGUUCUAUAGCAGCAGAGACAACUCUCCCCUUCCACCACCUCCCCACCCCGAAGAAUGCAUCAGGGGGAGCUCUCCACACCCUGUUACCUCUUCAAGUUCUGUAAGUUCCCCCACCGAUUAUCAUGACCAAAGACCAGUAGACUCUGAUAAUUCUCGUCGUCAACAUUACGAUUACUCUGGUUACCAUGGAGAUGAUGAAUCUACUUUACCCAGGAAUAUAAAUACCAGUUCCUACUACAAUAACAAUGGCAAUAAUAAUAAUAAUGAAUGGAACCAAACGUUGCAAUAUUCGAGUCGAGAUAUGCCUAUCCCUCACUCGCCAACAAACCGUGAACAGUACCUCGCUUCAUCGCCCGCGGCGAUGAUCAGGAGUUCGAACCCCCAAAUCACCGCAUCACUCGUCAACCAACCCCACAUUACUGUCACCGAUACCAGCGUUGACCUAGACGAUGCGGCCUUUAACACUUCAUGGGAUCAACGUCCGACGUCGUCGAGCUUCCGAAGCCUACACGAUGCCCGCUACGACGGGGGUGUCCAACCUCCUUCUGUGACCAUGGAAGAGAUAGUGGAUAGUCUGCUAGGCUUAUCCACCAGUCGUUCUCCCAGCAAUUCAUUCACGGAAUACUCCUCCUACAUGGACGCCUCCUCGAUGUCGAUGACCACAACACCGGAUCAGUCAGUUAGUGAAAGUGACAGCUCGCUGGAGACGGUGAUCUCGCAGGACGAUGUCGAGGCGAGGGAACAGAAGGUGGCCAAUCAGAGGGUGACCUCGGGAGGAAAGAGGGUACUGAAAUCCAUCGUGAUCAAUGAUGGCCAGGAUGAUGAGGCGAGGAACAUAACCAGGAGCAGAGGAGGACUAUCAGAUAUAUCGGAGGAGGUAAUAAUGGUGAAGUGCAGCUACAAGAGAUGCAGCAAGAUCAGGGAUCUUCGGGAAGCCAGGAAGUCCUACAAGACCUGUCACAACUGCUACACCUACUACUGCUCACGGGACUGCCGGAAGGCUCACUGGGGUCGCCACAAGAAGAAGUGCCUCUACGGACGCGUCAACAGUCUCUGCAAACAUGUCAUUUAUCACAGCCGGUACAAUGAGACCUUACAAGAAGGGUUGUCCAAGAUCGCCAGGAAUGGCUACCUUGCACACGGGAGGGGUGCAGUGUUGCUCGCUUUCACCAAUAUGGAAGAGGCGUAUAGGUACAUCACAAAAGGCCUUGACCAACUGAGUACAGCGCCUGUAUUUCUCUCGGCUCGCGAGGUAGAUGAAUGCGGAGAAGGUCGUUUCAACUCCCUCCAGCAGACCUGCUACCAAUACGAUCCAGAGGUCAAGUUUGUUCUUAAUGUGUCCAUCAUGGCCAGUCAAGACACCCCCACAAAGCCGUUGCCAAGGAGACCUGAUCUCAUCCUUCGAAAAUGUGCCAAAGUUCGCCUGCACGAGGGACUCGGGCGAGGGGUCAGCGGCCCCGGCGCCGACCGAGAGACGUUGAUUUUGACCGCUCCACCCGGCGUGACGUCGGAAGGGGGACUGGACAUGAAGGCUAGGCAGGUUUGCUUCGUGCAUAUCCAGCGUCAGUUACGUCAACGGGGUGUUAGUCUUCGGCAUCAGUUCCCAGUCGUUUAUGAGAAAUUAUGCAGAUGGGUGGAGCAGAAUCAUCACAUCACGCCGGUGACUAUUUAUCCUCGCGAUGGAAACACAGGGAAGACCUUCAUGUGUCUCAUCGUCCCUGACACCGAUCAGGACACCAUCGAAUGGGUUCAAAACCCCGAGAUACUCGAGACCAUGGACUCUGUCGAGACCGUCGACCUCGACGCAGAGAUGGAGAAAGUCGAAAGAGCCGUGAGCAAUGUCGCGUUGUUGCAGAUGACAGUGUGAACCCACGCGUGUUAGUCUCUGCAUGUCCACACAGUUCUGUCUUGAAAUCCAAUCGACUGAAAUGACUUGAAAGGAGCAUUUGUAUAAGUAUAAAUCAGUAUACCUCAAACCCGAAGUAUUCUAGGAAAGAAAUAAAUCCGUCAACGCAGAGGACACCUUGGACUGACUUAUGAAAGGUGAUGUUUCAUUGGAUAAUACUAAAAAAGUACUGUGGAUUUUCUUGUAUGGAAUAGUGUGAAGCAGUGUUUCAUGUACAUUGGAUCAAUAAUAAUAUGAACGUUUUGUUUGGACCACCACUGACAUGCGUUUGUUAUCUGUUGAUGAAAUCUUCGAAAAUGGCACAGUUGGAAGUGAUAUUGCUGUAUCUCUUGGAAUCUGAAGCUCGACCGAACAAAUUGAUGAAUAUUUUUUUUUUUUUUUGUAUUUGCAAACUGUAUAUCUUGAAAGUAUUGAUAUUUUCACCGGGAUCGCUUCUGUGUUUACGUCUUUCACUUCUACAUGGCUCUGUUUAUACAAAUCUGCAUGGCAUAGGAUUGUAAAUACUUCUUCACAGCCAAGCCAUUACUAUCAUAGCGUGCAUCAUCCGUAGUUCAUAUAUGGGAAGUUUGAUAUAUUUUCCCGGAGCAAUUAGUUAUGAUGUGAAUUCAUGUGCGACCUUCAUGCCUUUUUAUACCUAUAAAUGUGCCUCUAGGAUGUUCUACCCGAACGACAGUUACAGUUUAUUGUUACCCGUUGAAUACAAGCACAGUCAGACAGUGUGAAAUUAGAUGAUUAGAGCCGAUGUAUCAAUUGAAACUAUGAAGUCGUGUGAAACAAAAUUCAACGGUCAGGAAUAUUAAUGUAGGCAUGCAGUGUUCUUCUUCAAAUGUCAAACCAAGGCGAAAAUAAGUUUUAAUUCUUUCACGCCGGUGUCACGCCUCUCUAGGAAUAAAUGUAUAUUCGGUGAAUUUUAUCCAUGGAUGAUUAUACGUCGCUUUCGUCACUUCUAUACUCAAUUCUAAAUAUCACCUUUCACCAUUCAGUUAUUUGUAUUAUUGUGGAAAGCAAUUGAUGGCCAACGGCGUCUACUUGAUUGCCCACUAUGUAAUUGUAUAAAUUAGAUGAAAACAUCAAACUGACUUCGCGAGACCUUUGGAUCACUCGAAAUAUAUAGUUUUUUUUUUGCUCUAUCGAAACAUUGAUUGGAUCGGUCAUCAAUAGUCAACCAUUAUGCAUUGGAACCGUGUAUAAGAUGAAAGUAGUUUAGCUCUGCUGGAAUAGAUAGACCCCAUAUAUUUGGAAACAUUCCUAUUUCUUUUCGACUGUCAACAAAAUAAUAAGCGUGAUAUUAUUUCCAUUGCAAACGCGGAAUCAAGAUAUCGCCUCAUGAUUUAAAAUCCCGAAUCUGUUUGAGCCUUUGAGGAGAAACGUUGGCAAAACCUCUUCAGUUUGGAUCACUGUGCAUUCGCUAUUUUAUCACGAAAUUAUCAAUAAUUUCCCACACUCUAUGAAUAGAGUGAACGACAAAUACUUCAAAAGGAGGUACUUAGCUGUCAACAAAAUUGUGAACUCACAUAGCUAUUCAAUAAUUCUCACUCGUCAUAAAGGAGAUUUUCAGAAUCGUCAUAGAGAAUAGAGUACCUACCUUCACCUUUUUGUCAUUGUGAGUGAGCAAUCGCAUUUGUACUUAUUCUUAUUGUCAUGAAUGACUGAACUUUGAAUCUCAGUAUGAUGAUGUCGCACAACAGAGUGGACUCUAUUUAUGCGUCUUGUAUUAGAGCUCGCUUUGUUACACAACAUGUCGUCCAACGUCCACAGAGAGGAUAUUCUACUCGAGUGGAGGGAAAAAUCUUGGUUAUCAAGUGACGAUAAGCUUCUUACAAAACCUCUGGUCGCCGAGUCUAAAGGAUGCCAUGUUUUAUUAUGACAAUUUUGAAAAGAAAGUGUUAAAUUUUUAUUUUAAAUAACCUUUCCCAAAAGUAACAUUGAUACAGGUUAAAUAGAAUUUGAAUAAACCCCAUUAUUAUUUCUGCGGAGAUAUAUUAAGAAAGAAUAAUCCCUUUUACGUAAAUAUCUUGAGACCCGGUUUAAAGAAAACAACAACAAAAACGACAUUGGAAUGAGACAAUCUAAAACGGAACGGUGAAUGAAUUUAUUGGACAAACACAUUAAUUGCAUUUUACCAUGCCUCUACCUCUGUGUGGAAAACAAGUUAUUUUUAUCUCAAUCAUGGAAUAACAUGACUUCAUACAAGUCUUAUAUCUCGGCCCCUGUUUCAUGAACGAGUUUGAGAAUUGAAGAAUCUGCAUUUUCCCAGAGAUGGCUUUGCUGGACCGUACGUCAUCAUCCCAUGUCCACCAUCAUCGACGCACAGUAUGUGGUCGAGUUUAUCCCCUCUACUCGGUGCUCUAGAUGAUACAAGAUCAUGACGAUGCAUAGAUGAUGCCACCUCCUCUGUUGCCAAGGUGACCGUCAUCCCCGUCGGUGAGAUUGCUGAUGAGAUGCUGAUGAUAAGACGUUGCUGCUGCUGGUUGCUUUGAGGGUGUCCUUUUCAGCAUGAAUGUCCACUGUAUUUGACAUUACGAGACUUGUCCUUUGCUCCGCCUCCUUAUGUUUUUGGCAAAUAAUGCAGAGACAGACGGUGUUGUUUUUAUUUGGAUUUCCUGCGAUGUUAUCCUACUCAUCCUAUCAUCCAGCGGAUGUAAUCGAGUAAAAAAAUAAGGAUCCUCAUGACCUGAAGCAUUACCGACGCCAUUUUGAAUCAUCUGAUGAAUAUCUCCACUUGGCUUUGUGGGCAUGGACACAAUGAACUAAACAUUGGUAGAGAAAUUAUGCGAAGAAACGGGGAAUAUGCUUUUAAGUCAUCCAUUAUCCAUCGAUCCUGCGUAUAUUCAUUAGAGCCUAUUCAGUGUCACAUCAUGAGUCAUUAUUGUAAUAAGACACCCAACGCCUCCAUACAUCCUUAAAGAGAAAUAACGAGUUUUAAAUAGAACGACAAGAUUGAAUAUAAUUGAUGUGCUCUAUGCUGAGAAAGUAGGGUUGUAUUGUGCUAGAAGUAGGAAAUUUCUCCCAUCAAAUUUCGCUAUUAACUUGCGAUGAACGUCUUGUACCAAAGAGCAUAAUUGUACUCAUACCGCAUGGAUCAUGGAUGGAGUAAGAUAACACAAUAUUUCUGCCUGUGUAAUACAUCGCUUGCACAAAUCCGACAUUCAGUCGUUAAGAAAGCGAGUCAAUUUAUCACUCUGUUGUUGAAAAUAUGCGUUAUACACCAGUGUUAGAUAUGCUUUAUAAAGCAACUUCAGAUCUCGGAUUCGUCUUUUAAGAAGGAUGGGAAGGGAUGUUAGAGCCUUAGCUAGUGGUUGCUAUGGUAACGUGCAUCCUCGAUGUACACCAACCUCGCUGUGGGAGAUACCUUUCUCGCACAGACAGGUGAUGAGAUGCAUUACACACCUAGCCGAAUGAUAAAUUAUUACUGAAUUAAGGAGUGAUUGUGGUCAACAUGGAUAUGUAUAGUAGUUUACUGGUUGGAGGCUAGAUGUAUGGUCCAUGCUACAUGUAUAUCAAGACAAUCGACUAUCCCCCAAAAGCAUCUAUGACGCUUGUUCUAUCAGCAUACACCCCCCCCCCUCCCCAGGAUACAUGCACCGUUGACCAUGAUGCAUUUUGAUAGCUCCUGAAUAUUGUGAUCAUUGAUGUUGGUGACAUAGCCUAAAACCCACUUCGAUUUUGUUAUAAUUAUACACGGUUAUCAUAGCAAAAUUUAUACGAUGUGUCUGCUGUAUACCUGGCCAGUCCUCUGUAAUUUGGUAUUUUAAAAUGUGUCUGUCAAGGUGAUUUCACAUACAUGUACAUGUUAUUUUGAUAAUUAUUUUUAUACAUGUCCCAUUAUGAUAAUGAGGAAUUGUUUAUAAAACAAUCUACAUGAAUGAGCAAUGAUCCAUACGGGGAUCAGUGAUAUGAAUUGAACAUGUGAUUAAUUAAUGAUUGGCAAAAGUGAAUGAUAUUCAUCGUUAACGAUGAUUACCCUGUGAGGGAGUAACUGAAUUCCGAUAGGAAUAAGCGAUUUGCAGGUAUAGGAAUUGAUUAUGCCUGCAGCUAAUGGGAAAUAUAACGUAAAUACAUUGGAGUUGGAUCGUGUCAUUUUGUUGAAAGAAAACUGAAAUUAUAAUGCUUUUCAUCAUGUUCGGGGUACAUUAUUUUGAGUUCUAUAUCAUUCAAUGAGAACAUACGGUGCGUUAUUUAUAUAUGUAACCUUUAUAUUUAAUUGUUAAACUUAAAGGGGAAGUUCACCUGACAAAAAUGUUUAUUAUAAUAGUAUAUAGCAGAAAAAAUACGAAUAAAUAUUCGUGGUUUGAGGAAAAUCCUCCAAAGAUGUAAAAAGUUGUUUGAUUGAUUCUCUCCUGGUUUUUUUUAUUCCAGCAAUGGGAAUGCAAAUUCAAAUAAAAAAAGAGCAUUGUCAAUUCGUCAAUAAUACAAGAAAUUAUUUCAUUGAAAAGGAUAAAAAACAUUUCCAUUCAUUUGUACUAUAAUAUAGGCCCAUCGAAGGUUUAUGAUGGGAUGAGUUUGAUAUAAUGGCAAACGUAUCAGAGUUUGCACCACGAGCAGCGUAAUAAAAAAAUAUUAGCUAGAUUUCCCAUUCUAUUAUGCGAGCAUUGUUGAUUGUAUUUUCUUGAAUAAUCCCGCGGUUUCAAAUUUGUUUUUGCGUUAUGCACCGUUCCUACUGUUGUGUGAUCCGUUACGAAAUCCACGAUUGAAGUCGUAGCUGAUCGCGAAAAAAAAUGAACCAUUCAAAAUUUUCUAUGAUCAAUACGAUCGCCACGACUGAUGUGAUACGAUAUGAUACGAUCUGAAAAUAUCACUACGAUUACUCCACGGUUUAGACCACGGUUUCAAUCGUAACGAGAAUCAGUCGUGACAGUGGGAGCUGCAUGCUAGGUAUGACUAAAAUGACUGUGUCCCAUCUUCAAGCAAAGAGAAUGUUAUGUGGGAGAUGGUUUGUUUGCUUUAGUCAUACCAACGAAACCGACUCCAGAAUGACCAAAGUGAUUACUGUAUUUCCAAUGACUAAGUACCAGUCGGUUUGGAGUCGAAUCCGCCUAUUUGACUGUGGCGUUAAAUUGUUGAAUGUAUCAAUGUUUUCUGAAAUUGAACUAUGAGGGCAGUAUACUUGUAUUCAUACAACAUUCAAAAUAAGAUUUGCAACAUACGCAGCUUUUCAUGUACGUUAUAAGUAACAUUCUUUAAUGUCAAAAAAGAUAAAUUCAUAUACAACAUCAUGUAUCUUACACGCCUAAGUACAUUUUCGGCAUCAUAAAGUUAAGAUAGUGUAUUGUAAUUCACAUUAUAGAUAAAAUAAAACAAAGAUUUAUAAUGUGAACAUGAACUGUAUUUUUAAAUAAUUGCUUACAAUGCAAAAAAAUAUUUAUAGGAGAUCUUAAUUAUCGAUUUUGAAGGUAUUGAUUUAUAAUGUUAAAAGGUGUACAUAGUUACAAUGUAAUCAGAUUCCACUCACUUCGUGCACUUUCCACGAUUUCACUUUCUUUCAAUCAUUUAAUUGUCUAUAUUUUUGUAAAAACGAAAUAGAGAAAACAGAGGUUACUUAGUUCUAAACUGCAAUAGACAUGGUGGUUUUAUUUUGUAUAACUCAGUUCAUCACUUCUUUUGUGUCUUAAUAUAUUAAUUGUAAUUUUCUCACUUGCCUGUAUAAUAGCUCAGAUUAUUGUAUUCUAAUUGGAGAAAAGGUGAUUAAAACACGAACGUGACAAAGAUUGGAAUUAAUCAGAAA